AUGCAGUCGAUUGCAGCUUUGUGUUUACUGGUGACAUUGGCGUCCGUGAUCGUGGGAACGAUCAGCCUUCCCGUUGAUCCUGUCGCUACGCCCUACAUUUUGCGUUACGAGAAUAACAAUGCAGCCAACGAAGGAUAUAAUUUUGAAUACGAACUGAGCGAUGAGCAGCAGCGCCAAGAGGCAGGUACGCUUCGGGGUGCCAAGAACGAGGAAGGCAACGAAGUGCAGGUCGUGGUCGUCCAAGGACGCUACUCGUUCGUUGGUGAUGAUGGUCGCACGUACUGGGUGGAGUACACGGCCGAUGAGAACGGAUACCGCACCAGGAUGGGCACCGCUGACGCCGAUACGGAUCGCACGCUAGACCUACGCAGAGGCAAACGAUCAUCACCAGCAACAGCAGCAGCAGCAGCACCUAGCAGCGAUGCCCAGUGA